AUGGCUCACGAAGCACAGUCGUCCAAGAAGACAUCUAAAUCCAAAUCCUCGUUUUCUAAUGGGACUUCGAGCUUAGAGAACAGGCGUAUGCGCAAUCGCCUCUCCCAGAAGGCGUGUCGCCAGAAGCAAGCCAUCUAUGUCAAGGAACUCGAGACUCGGCUAGGCAAUUCCACCCGACAGGAGAGCGAGCUGGUGAGAGAUUUGCGCGAGGAGAACUUCAGCCUUCGGCAGCAGCUCCUCGAAUGCCACAGAAAACUGGAAGGUGCCUGUGGAACGUUGAAAAGUCUUUCAGCGUCAGUCGAAGGCCUUCUGGACCUUGAGAAGAAAUCGAAGCCGCCAGGCGACGAUAGCGACACGAAUCAGGGCCAAAUACCGGUUGAACCGACCCUGUCGGCCACUCCAGAGAUCGUCAACAGCAGCCUCCCAGAGUUUAACAGGAUUUUCGAUGGCCAGGAUGGCCUGUCCAUGAGUGGCAGCUUGCAGCUUGAGCUCGAAGCUAUCAGCUCCCCUCCAGCAUCUCAUGAAAUGGAUGCAAACUCCACUAAAGAGACUUGCGUGAUAGUGGAGCAAGGCUUUGACUUGGUCCGCGACCAAACCUCCCUUAUCACGACUGCCGAAAGCAUGCUCUCCGAGAAACAUGUCCCCAGAAGUCUGUCGACGCUGUCACACAUGGGCCCUUCUGUAUACGGGUCUAUUGUUAGUAGACCUUGCCAGGACCGCAGCAACGGAUUAGAAAUAACCCAUACUAAUUCUGGUUUCUCUGACCAUAUUGAGGCGAUCGAAAACUGUUUACGCAAGUGUAUAGCUAAUUCGGGGCUAUUGCAACAAUGUGGCUCAAACAGUCUUGCUCAGGCCAUUCGAUUCAUGAUGUGGUCAUUCGUCUGUGUGGCUUGGCCUGAAAUGAUCCCGUGGCAUGCCUACACUAAGGCCCACGCCGCCAUCUCCAUGGUCUCUAUGUGGCGACUAGUCCCUAAUUCGGUGAACCGCCUCGCCGUAGGGUAUCAGCCAACACCAACCCAACUGGCUCUUUUAUAUCCUGCUGUCAUCGACUGGAUACCUUUCCCAUCACUGCGUGACAAGUUAAUACUCUAUCACUCGGCUAAUCCGAUGCUCGAUACUAUCAUUUGCGAUCUUGGAGAAUCUUAUGUUGUGGAAGGGGACCUCUCCAAGAUAGUCGAAAAUUUCUCAUCCAUGUUGGGGUGUGUUGGGGUUUUCGACCUCGUAAGAGCGAUAUCUGACGCUGGAAGAGAAAACCGUCUCUCUCCCCCGCCUCUGACUGCCGCAUACGGCCUAUUUUCCGAAGGCCACGCUUCAAUGGAUCAUUUGGCUGGGUACGGCGGCCUCGAAGAGCUCGGUCCCGAUGGCGGGAAUUUGGACACAGGUGUAUUAGCACCAAACGUGGAGGCGCUGUUCAAGUCCAGACAAUACGCAUACAGUGCGUACAAAGCGCUAGGCUUGGGAAAGGGGUCAGCAGAAUUUCGCCUGGCUCCAAAGUUUUUUGAAAAACACCCUGAGCUUUAUGACCCGAACGCAGACAUCAUUGGGCGCGGACUCUACUUACGGCCGACCGAACAGAAGUCCAUGCAGAGUCCAGGGCGACCCGACCCUAGUUCCCUUGCCAACUAUAGAGCCUUAGCAAAGUGGUCCUUGGAGAUACCAGAGGAGCCAGUGGCCCAGAAGAUGAAUACACUGACUUAA